AUGGCGCCGUACAGCGCCCUCCAGCAGGCCGACAACGACCACGAUUCUGACCACGAAUCCAUCACCUCGUCAUCUCCCAAUCGUGGUCACCGCGAACCCGUCGCUUCACCCGUAUUUGCGCCACCGAUCUCGGCUUCGAGGGGGCUAUUUUUGGACCAGGACAGUAAUGGACAGGCUCCAAGCGCAUCGAGGCCAGCAACGAGUUCAGGUCUGGGAGCAAUUGUCCAGGCGAUUAGGUCGAGAGGGAACACAGCGACCAGUUAUGGAGUCGUAGAAGGAGAGGACUUUGCAAUUGAUGCGCCGAGUUCACCCACAUUCUCCUGGGAGAAACACAAGGGUUCCUCACCUGGCGAAACCAUCGCACGCCCAAUUCCACGGAAUCGUAUCAGUCCAUCCGCCACAACGGCUGACAACCCCCUGGCACCCGCAAAAUCCUCUGCUGCACCAGCAUCGAUAGUCAGUACCGCUCUAAGACAUCCUACCCCCGAUCUGCAAACGUUGCAAGGUGCUUAUACCGAAAAUAUCGAACAUUUGGAGCGAACCGCGGAACGAUUGAGCAUGACUUCGUCCAUUGAUGUUGCCAUCAAGAAUCUCCACGAUGAGCAGAAACGAUCCGAUAGUCGCAAGGCCUCCAUGAUCUCAGCUCCCGAUAGAACAGGAUUGCAGAGGCACCGGUCGAAUGCUUCAUCCAUCGUGGAUGUGAACUCGACCGCGAGGUCUGGUGGAUAUUCCCCUGCGGGCUUUAUGAUGUCUCCAAAGGGGUCAAUGACAACAAAUAGAAUGCGAUCAGCUUCCAAGGGAUCAAGAUAUGGCACGCGACCGGAACCUGAGAUGGAAGGGAGGCCCCUUGAUUCUUUUGUGAAUAGGUCCAUUGACGAAAGGGAUGAAGAUAACAACACCCUCACAAAGCCAGUUGUCGACCAGAUUGAUCGCUCGGACAUAGCUCCAAAGGGAAGCAAGCAAACAAAAGACGACCGACCACCUAGCCCUACCUCAACGUACACCGUCGAUCAGUCUGAAAUGUUUGAAGGAUUCGAUGGAGUUCACACGGAACCACUCCCACCACCUCCCCCUCCACAAAGCGAAUAUUUUCAUGAAAUCAAGUUCGAUGACCCUUACGAACCCGAAGCAUUUCAACCAGGUCAACAAAACCAGCAAAUGAGAACAGCUUCAGGGAAUGUCCUCACAAUGGCGGAUAAUUCGCAAAGAAGGGCAUCGACUGGCAAUAGAUUAUCUAUGCCGAGACCACAAUCAUAUGCGGAUCCAAACACCGGGCAAAAUAUGGUCUAUUAUCCAGCACCUGUACCCAUGAUGCUUAACCUACCGCAAAAGUUGUCCAAGCAACCAUCAUCAAUGGCAAGAAACAAGAGGAGGUCUCAGGUUAUGAGCAGCAUUCCUCCGGCUGCCAGACAAUCAGCAAUCUGGCUGCCUGAUGUUCUCGAGGACGACCACCCAACAUUGGCAGCGGAUGAAGGAGUACAAGCACAAGAAUAUUUACCACAACACCAGAGAGCUACAAUGGGCGGGCGAAGAAAUACCCAGGAUCUUGCCCAUAUACCUCCCCAAUUACGUGCCAGUGCGUAUUUUGAUGUCCCAGCUCCUGCUCAGAGUGUGGAAAUGAAGGGACAGUCAGCAGUUGCUACGCUGGACAGCAUUCUUGACGCGUCUGCAUACGCGCCCGUGAGUGCUUUCACAGACCAUUCUUUUGCCGGACAUCUUGGCUCUGAGGUUUACGGAAAACACAAGAAUAGAAAUAGUAUUAAUGGUGCUCAAUUGUUGGAUGGAGAGCAGAAGAAGCGAAGCAGUGUUAGCAGUUCUCAUAUGCUGCUUGACUCCACGCACAAGAGAAGAACCAGCUCUUUUAAUUUGUUGCGCGGCAAGCGAAUGAGCGGUGCAACAUUCUUGACAGAUCAAGAACAGAAGCGUUCUUCAACGUUCUCCGGUCUUGAUAUGUUCAAAACUGAUUUGGGCGACGACGACACGAAGAGUAAUGGAACUAGGCCAUUGAGUGGUACUCAACAUGGUGACGAGAUUAUACGUGCCAGUGGUGAUGAAGUUGAUGGGGAGGAACAGGAAGGGGAAGACGACGAGUCAAGUGAUGAAGACGAGGAUGACGUUUAUUUUGGACCACCAACCACUCUUCUUGCGGAACUUCAAUUACGAAAACAGCAACAAAAACUCAGAACUCAAUUACCAGAGGAUGCUUACACCAGUGGGAUGCACUCAACUCUUCUCCAGAUUGACGCUGUAAAGGAGGUAGAGCAGAAGUCAAGACAGAGGAAAAGGGUAAAUUUGGCAUGGGAAGACCCAGCUAGCAGACGACCAGAAGAGGGGGCUGAUAGUGACGAUGAUGAUGUACCUUUGGCUGUGCUUUAUUCAAAGAGAGCUCAGGAAUUGAAUCGUCCAAUUGGUUUGUUGGAACGUCGAGAGAUGGAGGACAAUGAACCUUUGAGUCGAAGAAGGGAUCGAAUACAUGGUGUACGACCUGCUCCUGCUCGAGCCCCAAUAAUACUGCCGCCCGAGGGAGAAGACGUAUCAGAGGAAGAGGGUGAGACGAUUGCGCAAAGAAUGCGUCGUCUCAAGGAAAAGAAGGAAGUCAAAGAAGGCGCUCUUCCAGCCCCUCGGACAAUCAGUGGUGACUUUGCGUCAGAGAUGAUGAGCCAAUUUGGCGGUAAUCCGAUCGAUGCAAAGGCCAAAGGCAAAGAAAAGGAAAAAUCACCCGCUCCAAAUCCAGAGGACGAAACUCUUGGACAGCGACGCAAGCGUCUCCAAGCCGAAGCUCUAGCCAAUGGAAGCCCUAAAGUCAACAAACGACACAGCAUGGCCGAUAUCCUACAAGCUCAUCCUCAAGCUGGUGGCAACACACAACUACAUUCCAAAAAACCAUCAGUUGGUCUCCUUGGACUUCAUGAUAUGCAUACAAGCGGGCGUUCAAGUACAAUGCUCAAUCUCAAUUCUCGCGCUCCAUCAGGUGGUUUCAAGAACGGAAUGUUCAACGAUGGACAAGCUGGUGCUGCUCAACCACCUCCUCAGCCACAACAGCCGCAGUAUCCAAAUAUAUAUAACGGCUACCCCAACGCACCGCCUCCUUUCGCUCAACCGAGUCUAGGAUAUAAUCCAUAUGGACAGCAGGGCAUGAUGCCUUUUGCGAAUCCAUAUGCCGCUAUGGAGAUGAAUGGCAUGAACAUGAAUAUGAAUUUCAUGGGUGGGAUGGGGAACAUGCAGCCUAAUCCUAUGAUGGGGAUGAAUGCUAUGCAGGAACCGCUUAAUCAGGGACAGAUUGAUAUGGUGGAGAGGUGGAGACAGAGUGUUAUGCAGUGA